AUGAGCCGGGAACUCUGGAAAUCUCAGCUAGAACAGAACUAUGGGGACGUACCUGGACUUACGCCUGCCUUCAUUGAGCAAUGUCUCAAGAUUUGCCAGACAUACGACCUGUCGGGAGAAGAUGUCUUCUUCAAAUGGGAGGCCUCUAUUUUACAUAAAGACCGCAUCAUCACCGAUGAUACUAUUGGCAACAUCGAGGCCGUAGUCAAGUCCGAUCUGGCGCGCGCUGCGAAACAGAGGGCGCAACAACAAGCUCGGUCUAUCGCCUCCUCGCGCGGCGGACGGCCCGGAAUGAAUCCAUUCAUCGGCACACCAUCCCGCUCCUCUACAAGAGUAGGCCCCAUUGGUUCGCCAUCCACACCUCGGACACCUAUGCCUAAGGCUCGCGGCGUAGCGUUCAGCACACCGGCUGCAGCAGGAAAGCACAAAGUGCGGUUUGAGCUCUCUGAGGAAGACUCUGGAAAGGCGCGCUCAUAUAAAUACAUGUACGAGAAGUUCUCCCAGAGAGGGCUAGUGCUCGAUAACCGCAUCAUGGAGUUCUCUGAUCUCAUUCUCAAGCACUACGACUUGCCAGCCUUCAGCGAACCCCACCUCACUACCGACGAAGAUGUUUACGUUUUGGGACGAAUCGUGCUGGAUGCCGAAUCGUCUGCUUCAAUAGGCGUCAAGCUGAACGAAGCGAGCUUGUACUUGGAAGGGCCUCGCUUGAUGGAAGCCACCAGAGUGAGGUUGCGUCUGGAGCCUAACCUGAGGGUGCGGGGCGCGCCCAAAGGUCGAUCCAAUAUUGGCAUGUUUCCUGGCGCUAUCGUGGUGAUGAAAGGGAGGAAUGGUGGCGGCGACUACUUCUCCGUCAACGAGAUCCUAUCAAUACCGCCACCUAGCCCUAUUUCUGCCCAAUCAGAUCGACAGAUCAAGGCGGAACCUUCCUCCGACUCUUUCUCUAUGAUCGUGGCCUGUGGCCCAUUCACUCCCGACUCAGAUCUCGAAUUCAGGCCGUGGAAGACGCUCAUGGAGAGGAUUAGGACGAAUCGACCAGAUGUCGUACUUCUGCUUGGUCCAUUCCUGGACUCUCUUCAUUCCAAGAUGAAGGUUGGCGAUAUCGACGAGUUUCCGGAGGAGAUAUUCGCGCGAGUGUUCGCUCAGGACCUCGUGGAUCUUCAUAGCUAUUCACCGUCUACCCUCGUUCUCUUACUUCCCAGUAUUCGCGAUGCAGUGCACAAUCAUACUACGUAUCCGCAGGCGGCGCUGCCCAAUCACUUAGUGGAGAGUCCGAACGUCAGGAUGAUACCCAACCCUGCGCACUUCACCAUUAACGGUGUUUCCUUCGGUGCAUCAAGCGUCGACUCGCUCUUUCAUGUGAAGAAAGAGGAGUAUACGAAGUCUGGAAUAGAGAUCCAGCCCUCCCAAGUGCCAGCAGAAAGCUCGGCCACGGAUGUGAUGUCGAACCUCUGCCGCCAGCUACUGGCACAGCGCAGCUUCUAUCCUGUAUUCCCAACUCCCAUGGAUGUCGCACAUGAAGUCAACCUCGACGUCUCGCACCUAGAGUUGGCGAGAAUCACGACCCAAACUUUCAGUGGCGAGACUGUUGCGCCCGACGUGCUCGUCGUCCCGAGCAGAUACAAGCAGUUCGUGAAGAAUGUCGACCACACGAUGGCGAUCAAUCCGUCUUUCGCGACGAAAGGGAUGGUGGCGUCAGUCUUCUACGGAGGCGCGGGAGACGGUCCGGCAAGUUCUAGGUUGAAGAUUGAGCUGGAGAAGUUAUAG